AUGAUUAUUCCGGUAAAUGAUUUGUUAGCAUUUCAGGCGUUCGAUGAUUAUCCUAAAUCAUUUGGUGAUAUCAUUCUUAAAUAUUAUGUUUUCAGGGAUACUUUAGUAUUUUGUCAGGUUGACCCGUUAAGAGUUGCUGAUUUACAAAAUUACGUUUAUGAAAAGAUAACUGAUGAAAAUUAUGAAAAGAUUAUGAAUCAUGUUUAUAAAUAUGAUCGCAAAUUCCAACAAAUCGGACUUCCUGCCAAAUUAAUUACAAGCUUAGCCGCUACAUCUGCUGAGGCAACAGUUGAUGACGUUAUUAUUUCAUGCACAAAGAUGGAAGUUUUAGAGGAUAAAUGCAUUACACCAGGAUACGGUUUAAUUGAAGAAUCAGUUAAAGCAAUACCACGUUUAUUCAGUAAGGAAGAUCCAUUCAUGAUUCCAGCUCAACAUAUUGACGUUCGUUCACUAAAUGGAGGUUGCAUCACUCCUGAAGGUAUUAGCUCAGAUUUCUCAUACGCUCUUCAUAAUGUUACAGAUGUUGUGUUAACAUUUCCGAAGAAUGCAAUGCAAAGAACAGUUUUAGAAAAUCCAAUGCUUCGAGGUCUUCAGGUCACUAUAGAUUCCAGAAACUUCCCCGAUCAAGCGAUGACCACAGUGGGUGACAUAUUCUUUACACGUAUGCUUCAAGCUUCUGAUUUAGAUGGAGUGAAUGAAUGCACAGAAGAAUACGAGGACUCAUUAACUAGACCACUGAAUGCAGAUGAUGGCACGCCAUUAGCUAGAACAUGGAAAGACCAAACUUCAUUCUUAUGCACUAUUCCAGUUCAACGUGAUGGAGCGGGUAUAUUCUUUGAUGGAUUAGAAACUUUCAACUCACAAGUUACAGUACAAGUGAAAGCUUAUCCAAUCAUUCAGGGUGUAAAUGACACUUACUGUUCAAAGGUGACAAAUCCUCCUCAGGUUUGGUUUACUAGGACUACAUAUUGGACAUGGACACCGGAUGAAGGUUUGAAAUAUCAUCCAACAGGUACACCACCACAGUAUAGAAGUUCAUAUGAUGAAAUAUUGAUGAAUAGAAAUGUUUAA